GACUUGAGGUCAAGCGACAGGGGAAUGCCUAGAAGCGAGGGGCGUCCGACUGGUUCUCACCGAAGCGAUGGUGAGCGAGGCUCAAACCUAAGGCUAGGGACAAGAAAAUGGGUAGAUAAGGGCAGGCUGUGCGCGCUGGUCCGUGCACAGCUGGUCUGUGCGCAGCAUGCUGACGCGGCCCCGGGGGCCGUAGAUAACGACGCGUCCAUAUCCGGUAUGUAG